AUGGAGGGGGUCAGAGUCGUUGUCCUGCUCUGUGUCUAUGUGCUGCACUUAACAUCAGGUGCUGGAACAAACGUUGCUCAGAACAAACCCGCAUGGAUGAGCACACGCUUCUACUUGAGUCCUCCCGCCAGUGCAGCUGUCGAUGGAGUAACACUUGCAGGCAAUAUUGGAUACUCAGUCAUCACCCAGCUGCUUAAACAAAGCGCCUGGUGGAAGGUGGAUCUACAAACACAAGUACAGUCAGCACUGGUUACCCUGUACUUCAGAACAGACUACAAGUCAAGACGUAAUGGCGUGCAGCUCUACACAUCUAUGACAAAUUCCUCUGAUCCCAAAGAAGGAAAUCUAUGUCACAGUGUAACAGGACGUGCUGACGGUACAGACAUACCUGAUGUGCUGAGUGUCACCUGUCCCGGGACCUGGCGCUACCUGACUGUCUACACAGAGACUGAUAAUAAUGGAUAUGGUGCUAUGUUAGACUUUGUUGAAGUACAGGUGUGGACAUGCUCUUCUGGGUAUUAUGGAUCAAACUGUGACCAAUCCUGUGCUGCACGUCACUGCAAGUCGGACUCCAGCUGUGACGUCAUAGGAGGACUGUGUGUUGGUGGAUGUGCGGCUGGAUAUCAGGGAACAGACUGUGCUCAAGAUAAACUCUCCAAUAGUCAACAACUAAUGCUCACCCUCCAAAUCAACUAA